AUGGCGACAGCAGGCGGGCUCUUUGGCGCAGCGAGUGCGCAGCCCAAGGCAAACCCCUUUGGGACGGCAGCCACAACACAAGCACCGGCGAGCGGCGGUCUCUUUGGUGCCAGCAUGGCGGCAGCCCAACCGCAGCAAGGCCAGACGACACCAGCAGCCGGAGGUCUCUUUGGCAGCACGCAAACACAGUCAAAACCGGCGGCCAGCGUUUUCGGCGCAGCAACCGCGCAACCUGCGACAAAUACAACAGGCUCGGGCCUCUUUGGCGGUGGCGCUACCACUCAACAACCUGCUCAAACAGGUUCUGGACUCUUCGGCGCCGCGGCAACACAACAGCCUGCUCAAACGGGCACUGGGCUCUUCGGAGCUACAACGACGCAGCAGCCUGCCCAAACUGGCACCUCUGCCUUUGGUCAGCCACAAGCAAAGCCAUCUGGCGGCCUUUUUGGCCAAAGUCAGCAACCAGCGCAAGCGGCGAACCAAGUCGCCGCCGUUCAGAUCAACUAUGAUAACCUUCGCCCACGAUCCCGAUUCGACGACCUAGCUCAACCGAUCCAAGAUGAGGUUGCGCUCAUCGAUAAGGGAAUUCAGCGCGUGAUCAAGAUGAGGGAUGAGAUUGGCGAAUUUAUGCCCCAGCACGAAAGAGAUAUACAGCAACUUGGUAACGACGUCAAAUUUGUUGAGUCGAAAUUUCGUAUGGUCCAAGAAGCCCUCAACCGCGAUAUCCAGACCGUCAAGAGCCUGCAAGACGUGACGAAAAAGAAUAUCGGCGACGCGCAGCUCUCCUUCAAGGCUGCAGACAACCUGAAGCUGCCUAGCCAUUAUCACCAGACCGGUCUCUUUGCGGGUUCCACCCCGUCGGCCGCCUCUAACGACACCGACGCGUCCUCUGCGCACUCCAACGCCCAGGACCUCAUCACCUACUUCAACCGGAUCUGUGACGACGUGGAAAAGUACAAGAAGCGGCUGGACGAGUACCGCGGUGAGAUUGAGCGCGAUAUGCCUGGCGUUGAGAACGGGCUGUACGAGCAGAUCCGGACCUUCCGAGACCGUAACGCCGCACUCCACGGCAACGGUAGCGCUGGCGGCGUGCAGGACCAACUCAAUCAGGUGCUCUCCGCGCUGCGGGAGACCGGCAACGCGAUUCUCGCCCAGGCCGGCCAGAUUGCGGACACGCGCGAGCGGCUAUCCCGCCUCCAAGCCGGGUUCAUUGAUAGCGGUCUCUAUGCGACGAACUAA